UUAUCUUUCCAGGUUCAUUGCUUCCCCACCCUUGAAGACAGAUAAGACAUACUUUGUACUCAACACCUACCAUGGCUAGCCCUCAGACACAGACAACGAUCUCCCCUCAUACACAGAAACCUCUCGUAACGCGGACAUACCCCUCUCAAUCUGAACUCACCGCCACCAUUCAACGAUCGAAAGCAGCGCAGAAGGAAUGGAGAAAACUCCCACUGAAAGAUAGGAUAGCUGUUGGUUAUAAGUUCAUCGAUGAGUUCAAGAAGAUGGCAGAUGAAGUUCCAUUGGAGCUGACUCUUCAGAUGGGUCGACCAGUUUCCCAAGUAGCUGGUGAAGUGCGAGGCUUCCUCGACCGAGCAACGUAUAUGCUCUCGAUUGCGGAAUCGUCUCUUUCAGACGUCUCCCUCAAGGAUACGGAUAAACCUGGCUUCAGGAGAUAUAUCAAACGUACACCUCUUGGAGUGGUGCUUGUGAUCGCCCCUUGGAACUAUCCCUACUUAGUUUCCAUCAACUCUGUCCUCCCCGCCAUCAUCGCAGGAAACGCGGUCACUCUCAAACCUUCUCCUCAAACUCCCUUAACUGCCGAACGCUUUGCUCUUGCCCUCACACAAGCAGGUGUCCCUGCAGACGUCAUACAGGUAGUCCACUUGUCGCCGGAGUUGACCUCAUUUGCCGCAUCCCAUCCACAAGUCGACUUCGUGUCCUUCACAGGUAGCGUUCCCGGAGGUAGGAGCGUUGAACAAGCGGCUGUAGCCGGUGAAGGCUUCAAAGGUGUUGGUCUGGAGCUUGGUGGGAAAGAUCCCGCGUAUGUACGACCUGAUGCCGAUUUAGACUACACCGUGGCGGAACUUGUCGAUGGUGCCUUCUUCAACUCUGGCCAAAGCUGUUGCGCCGUUGAGCGGAUAUACGUGCAUGAAUCUGUAUAUGAUGCUUUUGUUCCGAAAUACGUUGAACUUGUCAAGAAAUACCGCCUUGGUGAUCCGACUCUCCCAGAUACCAAUCUUGGACCUGUGGUGAGCAUCGCGAGUGCUCAACGGAUACAAAAGCAAGUUCAGGAUGCUUUGAAGGCAGGCGCGAAAGCUCUCAUUCCCGAAGAUCUUUUCCCUGCUGCACAAUCUGGAACUGCCUUCGUUGCGCCUCAAGUCCUUGUUGACGUGAACCACACGAUGGAAGUAAUGAUGGAAGAAACCUUCGGACCAGUUGUUGGCAUCCAGAAGGUGUCGUCGGAUGAAGAAGCGUUGAAGCUCAUGAACGACUCCCCCUAUGGGUUGACAGCUUCGGUCUGGACGAAUGCCAAAGAGAACCCUGAGAGCGAACGCGCAUUCGAAAAGUUCGUCGACGAGCUUGAGACUGGUACCGUCUUCCUCAACCGGUAUAUUUGCUCCAUCGGUGCAAGUUCGGAAACAUCUGAAGGCUUGAUUGAAUAGAUGCGACUAUUUGGAUCCUGCACUUGCAUGGACAGGUGUCAAGAACAGCGGAAGGGGCAUUAGUCUGAGCAAGUUUGGUUAUGACCAGCUGACCAGGGCGAAGAGCGUGCAUAUGAAGAUCCAGACUUGAGAAGACUACAGGAGACAAAGCGAUGUGCGCGGAAGAACAUUUCACAAAUAGACCCAUCUUGUAUACAUACCGGCAAAUACUGUAGGAAUUAUCAGAGGUAUUGGAAGCGCGAUGUGUGGCGAAAGUAAACGGUGAUGAAUGAUACCCAGGUAAUAAAUUACACUUUGUACUUUCUGCCUGUUUUUGUGAAGAAUGUCUGCAGGAUAUAUACCUGAAGACUGUCGCAGCAGUGUGAGAAUCCAGCGAUUGUAAAUGGACAAUCAACGCCACGUACAUAGCCAUCCCUACGACUCCUAAGGAUUCUAGCAGGGCAUACCAGAAGAGCCGACUGUUUUUAACUGUCAGAAGAGGGAAGAGAAUAUAAUGUUGAGGAACAUACUUCAUAGUCGAUUUGACAGUAUCAAAUCCUCGGUUCUCGCGGGUGUGAAAGCUGUGGCAGAAACAAUAAAGCACACUAUUUGGCGUGAUGAUCGAAAACACUCACUAUUUCUGUGUCCGCUUAAUAUUAAGCAACAUGCCAUUAAGCUUGAAU